CCUACACACCUACACGCCAGGGAGAGAGAGCUGCUGCUGCACACUACACAUACACACACAUAAUUUUUUUUGAGAAUCGUCGGUGAAAGAAUGGCGUCCGCCGGUGGAGAUGUUACCAGGAGGCUGCAGCAGGAGCUGAUGGGUAUCAUGAUGGGCGCGGACCCCGGCGCCUCGGCAUUUCCCAACGACGACAACCUGUUCGAGUGGACGGCCACGCUUUGCGGGAGCGAAGACACGGCGUACGAAGGGUUGACGUACAAGCUCAAGCUGGUGUUCCCGGACACUUAUCCGUACAAGGCACCGCUCAUCACCUUCGAGACCCCCUGCUUCCACCCCAACGUGGACGAGCACGGCAACAUCUGCCUCGACAUCCUCAAGGAGAAGUGGUCCUCGGCCUUCAGCGUCAGCACCAUCCUGCAGUCUCUCCGAUCCUUGCUAGCCGACCCCAACAACGAGAGCCCCCUGAACACGGAGGCGGCGCAGCUGUGGGCGGAUCAGGACAAGUACCGACAAGUUUGCAAGCAGAAGUACCAGGAGGGCGCGGGGGAAGCCUAACGAUGGGUCACGUGUCGGCGUUUCCGGCCGUGUUGUCUCUCACGAGAAUUGGUCCUGGCAGGCAUGUGCUUGCUAGCUAGUGCUCGCCGCAUUCUCCGGCAAGAGCCUGGGCGGCUUGCUCGCACCUUCGCAGAUUUUUGCACCAUUUCACCCCUCUUUCUCCCUAGUGUCGCCGAAGAUGUGUAGUAGCAGCGGCGGCAGUGUACCAGUAUAAUAGGCACUUCCAACGUGCGUGAUGGAGUGGAACACGACGCGUGCGUGUGUUUGACCUGUGAUUCGGUACGCACCUGGUGCGUUUUAUGGGUUGACACCGCUUUGCGGACAGCGGCAAGGGUCGUGUGUCCAUCAAACCUUUGUCAAGUGUAUCGGUAUCUUGUUUGUCUGGAGAGUCGACGCGAGUGGUGUUGGCUUGUCCGAAGGCCAUUGCUGCGCGUCGUGUCUUUGCCACUAUCGUGUCUGGAGAGUCGUCGCGAGUGGUGUUGGCUUCGUCCGAAGGCCAUUGCUGCGCGUCGUGUCUUUGCCACUAUCGUUAUCAUGAGCAGCUUUCUGUGCGUGCCCCCAAGUUCUUCUACAGCUGGUAGUUCAGUCUGGUUGAAGAGCGUGGUCGCUUUUAAAGCCGAAAGCAUCAGCGGGUGUGUUAUUUUAUCUUGUUGUCAUGUGUGCGCGCGGGGGGGUCUCUCUUGGACGUGGAUGGCGGAGGAGGAGUCUGGUAGCAAUUGCUUCAUGUCAUGGCUGCUGUCGCUUGUAUCUGUUUACUCGUUCUUCGUUUCGGUCACGCCCAGCGUCAACUUUGAUUGACAACACCUAGUACUCUUGUUGGCGUUUCGCUUGAUAAUUUUGUGAGAAUCUUUCGUUCUACAUUCAGCUCGUGGGUGAUAAAUGGAUGGUCUGACUUACCCUCGGUACAAGCCGGAGGCCAUCGUUCCUCGUGUUUCUCUCUAUUGAGAGCUGGACCAGUAGGUUGACCAACUGCUUCUAUGAUUUUUCCCGGUGUCGGCAAUGUUAGUUUAGGCAGACGUUGGGGAGAUUGUACCUUUAUGAAAGUGGUCUCCACAUUUAGGUACAUAGCGGCGAAGGUCUUGGAUAGACGAUUGCUUGUUUUUUGAAAUUGGUGGGUUCUUGGUUGUGAAGGAUGGUGGAGAUUGAACAUGGUGCCAUCAGGGGAUAUAUAUGCACAAGGCUAUUUUGAUAGCUUAGCUUGUACAAAUCAACGAGAAAAUAAUGAUCGCCCGACGUUUGGUGCGUGUUGCGGAAGAUGUGUUGGCUGGUUUCUUGCUCAAAAGCUAUGCAUACGAGCGCAGUAACCAUGGGUUUGUGUUCCG